AUGGGUCGAUCAUCAAGUAGAUCAAAAAGUCGGAGCCAGAGUGCUAGUCAAAGCAGAAGUCGCAGCCGGAGUCGUUCUGGGGAAAAAGAUCGCAAACAUAGAAGUUCUAGUCGCAGUCCAGCUUCUGAUGAUGAGAAUAUGUGCAGAGUUCAUAUUGCCGAUCUCGGCCUUGAUCCUUCUAAAACAGAGAUCAGCAGAGCUUUUGAAAAGUUUGGGCCUCUCAGAGAGGUCUGGGUGGCCAAAAUCCCUCCCUGCUUUGCUUUUGUAGUGUACAAAUACUUGGAUGAUGCUAACGAAGCUGUCAGGAAGAUGGAUGGAGAGUCUUUAAAUGGGAAAAGAAUCAGAGUGUCUAUUGCAAAACCACGUGUGAAAGGAGCACGGAACGUCGGAGGGGGGCGUAAUCGCAGAUGUUAUGACUGCCUAGAGUUUGGACAUUUGGCACGAGAUUGUACUAGAGGCCGGCGUCGCUACCGGUCAAGAUCCAGAUCACGUGAUCGGCGGAGGUCAAGAUCUCGCAGUCAAAGCCGCUCUAGGAGAAACAGAAGCAGAAGUCGGCAGAGAGAUAGAAGUGGAAGUCGAGAUAGAGCUGUUAGGAGAGACAGUAGAAGAAGAAGCAGAAGCCGAGAGAGAGACCGUAAGGAGAGAAGCAGGAGUCGGACGGCAAGAAGCAGAGAUAGAAGCAGGGAGAGAGCUCGCAGAGACAGAAGAAGUCCAGACAAUGACCAGAAUAGUUCAAGGAAUGAAAAGAAGGAUAGAGACAGCAGUCUUGAUGAGAAAAUAAACGAUGAUGAUGGGAGAAGAGACAGGGGUAGGUGGGGUAGUAAAAGGAGUGGCAGCAGGGAGAGACAGGAUAGGAAAAGCAAGAGUAAUGAGAAAAAGGACAGGAGUGGCAGCCGUGAACAGAGAGGCGAAAGUAAAGACACAAAGAGUAGAAGUAGCAACAGGGAAAGCAGCAAAAAAGAGAAUAGACGUCCAAGUCACGAGGACAAAGACAGGAGUCCAAGAAGUGCUGAACGCGAUCGGAGCAUGAGUGUAGAGGGGAGAUGGGUAGAAAAAAAUAACUCAAAAGAUCGGGCUGGCAGCAAGAUCAGUCCGAAAGGUGGCGGCAGGAGAAGCCGAAGUGAAAGUCAAGAGCCCCUAAGGCCAGUAGAGAAACGACCCCGAGAUGAUAGUAGUGAUAGAGGCAGGAGUCCCAGCGCUGCCAGAAGCAGGAGUCCGAGUGCAGCCAGAAGCCGGAGUCCGAGUGCUGCCAGAAGCCGGAGUCCGAGUGCAGCCAGAAGCCGGAGUCCGAGCGCUGCCAGAAGCCGGAGUCCGAGCGCUGCCAGAAGCCGGAGUCCGAGCGCUGCCAGAAGCCGGAGUCCGAGUGCUGCCAGAAGCCGGAGUCCGAGUGCUGCCAGAAGCAGCCCAGGUAGCAACAGAGGAGGGAGUCCUUAG